AUGCAUUUUGGAGGGGAUACACGGAGGCUGUCCAUAGCCGGACGCAGCAGUGAGGCUGUGUUUGAGGAGCCAGUCUGUCAUGCUUUAGUUAAAAUGCUGUGGAAGUGUCUGUCCAGGUCAAAGCAGACCAAACGUUGCUGCUCAAAGGUUUUGGUGCCAGAGAAACUAACUGAGGAAAUAGCUUAAGAUGUGCUGCAGCUUUCCUUCAUCAAGCCCUGUAGCUUAAGAUGCUGCAUUAUCCAUGUCGACUUAGAAACUGGAAAUGUCUCUAAAAAGCUAGAGAGGAUUGCUUGUGACUCCAGUGUUGUUCCCACCUUUGAGCUGAUACUUGUGCUCAAGCAGGACUGUUGCUCGUGGCCAGGUAUCGGGGACUUCUUCGCUCACGACUGCUUCAUGCCUCAGGGCAGGCAAACUCUCAUCCUCAGCCCCAGCUUCCAAAUUGUUAAGAAAAAGUUAUACUCUGUCAUCAGGAUGGUGACUGAGGAAUGCCAAAAUUGCCCUACAGGGUUAAAGCUGAGCUGA